AGCAUGGAACCACAGGUUACUCUAAAUGUGACUUUUAAAAAUGAAACUCAAAGCUUUCUAGUUUCUGAUCCAGAAAAUACAACUUGGGCUGAUGUGGAAGCUAUGGUAAAAGUUUCAUUUGAUUUGAACACUAUUCAAAUAAAAUACCUGGAUGAGGAAAAUGAAGAGGUAUCCAUCAACAGUCAAGGAGAAUAUGAAGAAGCACUUAAGAUGGCAGUUAAGCAGGGAAACCAACUGCAGAUGCAAGUCUAUGAAGGCUAUCGAGUUGUCUACGAAACCCCACCCCCAGUUGGAGCAGAAAAACGACCAGUUGCAAGGACAGGGAGGAAGCCACUUGCACAUUAUUCUUCACUGGUGAGAGUCUUGGGAUCAGAUAUGAAGACCCCGGAGGAGCCUGCAGCACAGCAGUUUCCACCUGCUCCACAUGACGCAGACCAGCCUCAAGACAAGCCCCCAGACUGGUUCACAAGCUACCUAGAGACAUUCAGAGAGCAAGUGGUUAAAGAAACGGUUGAGAAGCUUGAACAGAAAUUACGUGAGAAGCUUAUCCUCCAGAAUCCAUCCUUGGGUUCCUGUCCUUCAGAAGUCUCAAUGCCUAUUUCAGAGGAAACACUGUUUUUGCCAGAAAACCAGUUCAACUGGCAUAUUGCUUGCAGCAGCUGCCAAAGGAGGAUCGUUGGUGUGCGCUACCAGUGCAGCCUCUGCCCAUCCUACAAUAUCUGUGAAGAUUGUGAAUCGGGGCCAUAUGCCCAUGACUCCAACCAUGUCCUGCUGAAGUUGCGGAGACCUGUUGUGGGUUCCUCUGAACCCUUCUCUCACUCGAGGUUCUCUACUCCUCGUCUUCCUGCUGCUCUGGAACAGGCCAGGCUCCAGAAACAGGUUGACAAGAACUUUCUUAAAGCAGAAAAGCAAAGGUUGCGAGCUGAGAAGAAACAGCGUAAAGCAGAGGUCAAGGAACUUAAAAAGCAGCUUAAACUCCACAGGAAGAUUCAUCUGUGGAAUUCGAUCCAUGGGCUCCAGAGCCCCAAGUCUCCUUUGGGCCGACCCGAGAGCCUGCUGCAGUCUAACACCCCAAUGCUCCCUUUGCAGCCCUGUGCCUCAGUUAUGCCAACCCUCAGUGCAGCAUUUGUGGAUGAGAAUUUGCCUGAUGGGACUCACCUCCAGCCAGGAACCAAGUUUAUCAAACACUGGAGGAUGAAAAAUACAGGAAAUGUAAAGUGGAGUACAGACACGAAGCUCAAGUUCAUGUGGGGAAACCUGACUUUGGCUUCUACAGAAAAGAAGGAUGUUUUGGUUCCCUGCCUAAAGGCCGGCCAUGUGGGAGUUGUGUCUGUGGAGUUCAUUGCCCCAACCCUGGAGGGAACAUACACUUCCCAUUGGCGUCUUUCUCACAAAGGCCAGCAGUUUGGGCCUCGGGUCUGGUGCAGUAUCAUAGUGGAUCCUUUCCCCUCCACAGAGAGCUCUGAUAACAUUGAAAAGAGCAUGAUCAGCUCAAGCAAAGGUGAUGAUCUCACCUGCCAGCAAGAGGAAGCUCUUCUUCCGGCUAAAGAAGAAAUUCCACCUGGUGAAACAACUGAGCAAACAGAAGGGACAGGAACCUGCAUCCCACAGAAGGCCAAAAAUGCUGCCAGCGAGAGGGAGCUCUACAUCCCAUCUGUGGACCUUCUGACUGCCCAGGACCUGCUGUCCUUUGAGCUGUUGGAUAUAAAUAUUGUCCAAGAGUUGGAGAGAGUGCCCCACAACACCCCCGUGGAUAUGACUCCCUGCAUGUCUCCUCUGCCACAUGACAGUCCUUUAAUAGAGAAGCCAGGCUUGGGGCAGAUACAGGAAGAGAGUGAAGGGGCGGGAUUUAAAGAACUUCCUGAUUCCACAGUGUCAGUAAAGAAGAGGGCUGAGAACAUUUCUUCAGUGGAGGAAGCAGAAGAUGACCUGAGUGGGACCCAGUUCGUGUGUGAGACUGUAAUCCGAUCCCUUACCUUGGAUGCUGCCCCGGAUCACAAACCACCUUGCAGACAGAAGUCCACACACAUGAAAUUUGCCCCACCCGAAGGGGGACCACUUGGAGAUGGGAGGGAAGAGAUUGUCCGUAUUGUUGAAGAAGAAGCCGUCAUGGAGGAGGAGGAGGAACUCAGAGAUGAAGUCCAGAGUCAGUCCUCUGCUUCUUCGGAGGAUUACAUCAUCAUCCUGCCCGAGUGCUUUGACACCAGCCGCCCCCUGGGGGACUCCAUGUACAGCUCUGCCCUCUCACAGCCAGGCCUGGAGCGAGGGGCUGAAUGCGAGCCUGGGGUUGAGGCUGGGCAGGAACCAGUCGAGGCUGGGGAGAGACCCCCUGGAGGGGAGAACCAGCCACAGGGGCACAGCAUCAAUGACAUCCUUAUGACCUCACAGACUCUGGACACAGUGCCCCUGACCCCAGAGGUGGUAGGGCCUUCGCCACGGCUGCCCAGGAGUCCUCCGUAUGCACAGCAUCAUGGUUCCCCAGGAGUGGAUUUACCAGUUACCGUACCAGAAGUUUUUUCAGUCCCUGAUCAGAGCAGAGGAGAGCUCAGAGGCUCAUCAGGACUUGUAAACAGCAGACAGAAGAGCUCUGACCACUCAAGGUAA